AUGGGUUUUCCAAAAGGUCGCUCUCCCAACCGAUUCCCGACCACUGCCGACACCACAGUCAUCGACCUGCCCGACAACAUCGAAAUGAAGCCGCACUUUUCUCAGCAUCAUAAUCUACGUCAGAAGCCUUCAUUGCGAUCGGCAACAGAACCACGGAAAAAUAACCUAUAUAAUCGCUUUCCCUCCUCAUCGCAACCACAACCACCAGAGAGCCAGGUUCAGACCACAGAGAUAAAGAGUUCACCGCAAAACAACCAGAAUUUCAGUCAAGACGCGGUGACAUUAUUAACAUACACCCGAACCACCCGUCAAAACCGACCCAACACGACAGGGCUUGUGGGCGUGAGAGUUUGGGCGGGGCACGGUGCCCACCUGCACCCUUCAUACCCCACGUGCUCCGUCCCAUCUCGGAAGCAGGGCGGCGGUUACUACGACCUACAGCCACGCCAUCUGUGUCCUCCCAAGGUCGUGAAAUGUGACAAGGGGUCUUCAUCCAAGUUCAUCAAGACCAAGUGUGUACCGAACACCACAGCUGGACAUCCGGGGGACUCUCGACACUGUUACAGAGCUCGGUUUUACGGUCUGGCUGUCAAGGUCACCGGCGUUGGAGGCUGCAGACUGCGGCCACAACACAACUCGCAGUCAGUCGGUAAUUUCCCACACCCGUUAAGGUUACCCGUGGCUAUAAAUAUCAACACCGAUUUCCGAUUGCCAUGCCCUCGCACAUCAACACAUCCAAGACGAUGGCGAGACACUCUCUCCACAGCAACGAAUCUUGCUUCUCAUAACGUUGGUUUCUGCUUCUUGCCUCUCCUUUCUUGGCGCACCGAGACGAGGGACCGCUUCGUGCUGCCCUAUCCUGCCGGCGUGAGAGAAAUCGCCACUUCCUCCCUACCGCAUUCACCACACAUCGUGAGGCUGAAGGCACUGAAAAGACAACAGAGAAUGAUAAAAAACAGAGAAUCCGCCAGUCUGUCUCGUAAGAAGAAGAAAGAAUACGUCACAGCUCUUGAAGGAAACAUUACCGAGCUACAAAAUGAAAAUAAAAGAUUGAAAGAGGACAAUAUCCGCUUGCAACAAAAGGUAUCAUCACUGGAGUCUGAGUGUGCAUCGUUGCGGCAUGCAUUGGGUCGCAGCCCAAGCAGGAAAACCACCACUGCGCUGUUUGCCAUAAUUUUCCUCUUAUCUCUGAACCUAGGCCCUUUGACGGGAAUUUUCCUAAGCAAUGAAUCAAGAUUGUCAUCUCUCAAGAGAAUGAUGCAAGGUGUGGAACCCUCAUCUCUAGGCACAGGCUUCAAGCACCGCUCACUCCUCUGGGCCGAUGAAAAACAGGCUUCGGCAGAGGAAGGCACAAUUCCGAACUUGAACACCAACACCUCGUCCAUGUGUCCCAUGUACAUCAAUGCAACAGAAAGUUUGAGGCUGGAGACUGAAUUACGAGGCUGGUUUGAGAACAAGAUGGACAAGAAGAAGAACAACAACAACAACCAGAGACCCCUGUUGUCGCAUCCCAAGACAAGGGAAGGAAGGAACAGGCUGAACAAGCACAAAAACGCGGGAGAACCAAGCCAGAAACUCAGCAAGCAAGUCGGCAGUGAGGUCUGGAAUGCCUUAGUCCCUCCCCAGCAACCUUCCAACAAACCAGCACCACUUUACCACUAUGUUCAUUACGUUGAGCCAUCUACUAGCACUGAAGAGGACACCUCAGUCAUGGCUACUGUCCCUCGUCUAACAUCGUUCCUUGAGGCUAUCCAGAGGCGUGAUGAUACAUACUAUGUUGUGUCCUUCUCUCCUGACCACCUCCUCGUCCCAGCAACAGCACGGAAUGACUCAGCCCGCCCCAGGAUGUCCCUGCUAAUGCCAACACCCCAGUCUAUGAAUGACUCUCUGGCUCCCCCUCCCAAUAAUGUGGCUCUGAUGCAGAUCGACUGUGAAGUCAUGCACACACGUCUAGUCCAUGUAGCACAGGAGCUGGUGCCACCCUACUUGCGCACAGACAGGAGCAAUACAUCACGGACAUCAUCAGAAGAAGCCACAACAGCCACCCCCAGGGAGAGACGAAACUCUCGGUCCAGGCCAAGACACACCCUGACAAAGCCCGCUUUCCCACACAAAUAGACCAUGAGUUGAGUGCACAAUUAAGACAUUAAAAAAAAAAAAAGAGUUGUUGAACAACUCGUAAAAUCAUUUGUCGUGAUAGUGGAAUUGAAUUUUUGUCCUUUUGCUAUUUAUUGUCAUGUCUGUUUUUCUACUUUUUUAUCUUUUUCUUUUUAAGUAUGACCAGUUUUGGUGCUUUAAUUAUCUGCUUCAGAAUUAUAUUUUUAUUUAUUAAUAUUAACAGCUGUACAAAAUUAUUUUAUAGAGGCCCCAUGAAAUAUAUUAUUGUUGUUCUUAAUUAAUAUUGAUAUAUUGAUAUUGACAUGUAUAUCCAAGAGCCCAGUGAUGUGAAAAGGUAGACUAAGGACGUUACAGUGCUUUUACAAUAUUAUUAUUUGGACCCAAGUGAGUUAAUCUCAAUCAUUCCAUGAUCUCAUACAAUUGUUCUUCAUUCCUUUUUUUUUAUAUUAUUAUAUUUGUCUAUUUCUUCCCUAUUUCUUGUUGAAAUAAACAUAGGAAUAAUCAAAGAAAGAAUCGGAUAUUGUACUGUGCUACCCUCAAGAGACAAGCAUCAAAAAAGGCAACCCAUCAAUUCACAAGACAUUGUAAGAGAAGACUUAGUAUAUACAUUAGGAUGUGCUCAAUUAAAAGGUGUUGAGUUCUUUGUACAUAAAAUAAAGGAAUGCCCUUUUUUUGAGGAUUUUGUGUGCUGGUGUAGGGUUCAAGUCUAGGUUGUUUGAUAGGGUAUAGUACAAGAUGCAUAUUGUGGUUCCUGUUUUAUAUUUCAAAGCUAAAAGUUCCGUGACUUAUCAAUUUAUAUACAUGUGUAUUCAAGCAUACACAUGUUGUAUACUGUUUACAUGUAUAUUGUAUUAUAGAACAUCCCAGAUUUUAAUCAUAUGUGAAGGAAAUACACAUUUGUUAUCAAGAAUUAAGUAUAGGAAGAGGUUUGUAGUUAUUAAACCACAUGGUUAUGUAGAUGCCUGGUCAAAAAGUACAGUUUCAUUUCCAGUGUAAAUAUGUAUUUAUUAAUUUUAUUUCAAGAUGUCGUAUGUCUAGUUUACUUUUGAUAUGGCUGUGAUUUUUUUGUUGUUGUUGUUCACUUAUGAAUGUUAAGUGUUGUGGAAGUAUAUUGUGUUAAACAAGCGAAUUGACUUGUUAGACUUGCAUCAUUUCAUCUCUUCCGUGCAAUAAUUUUGGUCCAGUGAAGUUUUGAAGCCAAACUUUUCUGUGUAUAUAGAGUAAAAAUGGUUGUAAAUUUGGUGUUGACUUCAGAACAUCAAAGAGUUUUUCUCUUUCUAAAGUUGAAAGUAGUUAUUCCUUUUUUUUUUUUUUAAGCUAGUCAAAAUUGGUCUACGUAACCAAUAUCGGUUCAUUAUUGUUCACUCCGAAUAUUUCCUUUUUAGUUAUGAAUAGCCUUGUAAAUUUGAAUAUAUAUUUUUUCAGCAAAAUUGAUGUCCUUAUCUUCAGUAUUGAUAAUAUGAAUCAUUUUUUUCUGAUUUGGGGUAAUUACUGUGUAGGUACCAUGACGUUUACCCUUAGUUUCCACACUGUGUGUAAAUUUUCACAUAAGAAUACCAAUGUUAUUUUUAUUAUUGAUAGAUGCCCGAGUCUAUUAGGUUUAGUUAAUGGUGCCAGAAUGAUUUAGAUAUAAAUUAUUAUACAUUACUAUUUAGAAAUGUAUUGAUAGGAUAAGAAUAUUCAGUGAUAAGUGACCAAUGUGUGUCAGUCUAAUGCUUUUGCACUUUUAUAAUUUUCAUUCAUGUAUGAAUAAAAAGAAGAGUAUAA